AUGUCUGUAUCACUCAAAUCUCGCACAGAAGGUGCAAUCUGGGGCGUCUGCGUCGCCGACGCCCUGGGCGGACCGGUCCAAUUCAAAGAUCCGAAAACAUUCGAGCCGAUUACUGGAUUGAGAUUUGUGGCUCCAUUUAAACAGCCUGCUGGUUCCUAUUCCGACGACGGCUCAAUGACCUUGGCCCUAGCGUACUCAAUCACCGAAUCAGAAAUGAAAUACAACCACACCCUCUCAAUAAAAUUCUACGUCGAAUGGAUGACCAGUGGUCGAUUCGGAACUAUCAAUCGGGCUUGGGAUAUGGGUCGGUCAACGCGGAAGUCGUUGUCUAUCUGGAAAAAGUCGCACAUGGAGAAUAUCGAGGGUGUGCAGGCUCGCAUUGAUAUCGAGUUGGACGGCGAGGAAAGGUCCGGUAAUGGGAGUUUGAUGAGGAUUGUUCCGGUCGGUGUGGCUUAUUGGAAGGAUGUUGUUCUUGCGAGGGAGAUUGCCCGGGUUCAGGGUCGUGUUACGCAUCCUUCGCUGCCUUGUGUUGAGGCUUGUGAGGCUUAUACUGAGUUGGUUUGUGGGGUUAUGAAUGGUCAUACCAAACAGCAAUUGUUUGAUACCAUUUCUGUUUUUCCUUUUACGCAUCCUGCGCUGAAGGAGCGUGUGGCGCAGUACAAGACUCUUAAUGACUGGACUUCCAAGUCUGCUAGGCAUAUUACUAGUAGUGGAUGGAUUGUUGAUACGCUUGAGGUGGCGCUGUGGGCUUUCUUCAAGUUUGAUUCUUGGAAGAAGGGUGCUUUGGCUGUGGUGAAUCGGGGUGGUGAUUCUGAUACUGCUGGUGCUGUUUAUGGAGGGCUGGCUGGAGCUUUCUAUGGGGUUGAGUCUAUACCUCAGGAAUGGAAGGAUGGAAUGGAGAGGAAAAACUUUAUUGGAGGCAUUGCUCAUAAGCUAGCUUGUGGCGUUGUUGACGGUAGUUUGAAGUGA